CAAAUAUAAGAAAGCACGAGAACAACGGUGAUCCAGAUAAACAAAGGUCUAGAUCAGUGAUCCGUGGGCCCACUUGCAUCGAACUGAAAAACCUCGAUCGAGGAUUUUGUGAGUAAAAGAUGAUGGGCAAAUCUGUCAUUUCAACCUACAAAAGCCCGGCACUCCACGCUCCACAGUCAGCAGCAGAAUCCCUCUCUCUAAAGUGAGCCGGGUGCGCAUUUUCUCAUCCUUCAUCUUUUUCUUUGGCAUCAGUGAUACUUGCAUGGCACACAUCCCUUCACGUAAGAGGAGCUUAAAAGAUGUGGAGGAUCCAUCACCUGAUCAAUUUGAGAGAAACUCAAAGUCUGGGAAAAGGAAAUGGCAGCCUUCUGAUAGAGGUAGAAACCCUGCUCACAUGGAGCACUUUAUUUCUAAAAUAUGGGCAGUUGGUUUGACAGAUGAUGGUUGUUUCCCCACUUUGGUUCGGCUGGAGUCGGUUUCUUGCGAGACCUUCGAGUGCAAAAAGAGGGAAAGACCGAAGGUUUUAGUGCAUGACCAUCCAUCAAGAGAUGUGAACAAGACGUCACCAAGCUCUACAAAGAGCCCAUGGCUGUUUAUAGCAGAGAAGAUACAGCAGGACCUACACACAUCUUUUCAAGAUGUGAUGAAUGAGAUGGGAUCCCAAAAGUUCGGAGAAGUGAAGCCUUCAUUUGUAGCUCGAAUAGGUAAAGUCUACUUUCAUGGAAGCCCUUCCAUUAGCUUAGACACCAUUUGGAAGAGUUUAGUUGCUGAGAAUUCUUCUCAGAAUAAAGUGAAAAAAACAUUUUGUACAAAUGUUCCUGAUGUAUAUGUGGAAGCUGUUGAACGUAUGCUUGUACCAAAGACGAGAUUUGGUAAUGUAUCGAGGAAAGAGCAUUACAAUGUGAAGGUGCUUGACAAAUUAGGAGCAACUAUUUCAUGCAAAUGUUCUCCAACAGAAGAUGGUGGAAAACUUGAACUUCAUAAGGUUGAAUCAAUCACAGCACGGCACUUAAUUGCCGAUAUAUUGUGCCUCGAUAAGGAUUUUGACCUGAGGCUGAUGCUGGCAACCAGAAAGACUUUUGGAAAACUGCAUGAUGAUGUGGAUCGAGCUGUAAGAGAGCUAAUAAAGUCUGCAAAAAUAGAUCCAAAUGCGAAGGGGGGGCUUAGCUGGCCUCCAGGAAAGGAGUCUUUUGGAGACAGGUUCUCUGUAUCCGCAGUUUGGCACACCAAAUUUAAAGUUUUUAAAGGUCCAACAAUGACAGUGAAGUUGAGAGAUGCAGACCGCUUCGAUUUCAAGAGCUCAACGGUGCAAGUUACAAAGGAAGUUAUUGUGAAGAUGACUGAAAUAGCUAGGCAGUUGAGGGAUGGGGGGGCGGAAAGUGGGGCGGUAGAUGAGAUGCUCCAGGAGACGUUGAAAUUUUUGUGGGACCAGCUUUUAAACCAUGAUUGUUCAUCCAUGUGAACCCAUUGCUUGUAAGUCUUGCCGUCUUCUGUUUCUCUAUGUAAAAUACGUGCUGAUGCCAGGCUUGUAUCCUGAUUUUGAAUUGUGUAUGUUCUUCAAUCUCA